CUGUAGUCCUGUAGAUUAUCUUUGCUAAAGUCGGCUUUUCGGACCUAGAGAGAAAAACGCGGUGUAAGCAAGGUGCAAGCAUAACUGAGACCAUGGUCGAUAAAGCAAGAAAGAUUGCGAAGGAAGAACAUCAUUUUGAAUUCUUUGGUCCGUAUGGCCCCGCUCUGCUUGUCAUUGUUCUGCCCGCUGUCUGCUACGCGCUCAUUCUAGGAUGCAACAAGAACUCAUGUCUUCAGCUGUGGCCAAUGCUUAAACUGUCAUCGUUUGAUGUUAGCAUCAAGUGGUACAGCUGGGAUGCGCUCUUAAUCUACCUUGCGUGGUUUUUCGGACUGGCAUUCCUGCAUGUGGUGCUACCGGGUCAACGAACCGAGGGCGUCCUGCUGCCCAAUGGGAAGCGGCUUGCGUACAAACUUAAUGCAUUCAGACUUUUCGUACUGGUGUACGGAGCUGCGUUUUACUUCGGCUUCUUCACCGAGUAUCUGAACCUGGGCUGGUUGUACGACCAGUUUGCACCGCUGCUGACGGCGUCCAUCAUCUUCAGUUCGUCAUUGUCUGUGUAUCUGUAUGUCUCAUCGUUUCAGAAGGGCCUGCUGCUGAGCAGCCAUGGCAAUACCGGGUACCCCGUUUACGACUUUUGGAUGGGUCGGGAGUUGAACCCGCGCCUGUUGGGAGGCAGGUUCGAUCUAAAGGAAUUUUGCGAGCUGUACCCGGGUCUUAUCGGUUGGGCGCUGUUGAACCUGGGCAUGGCGCACAAGCAGCUGGCGAACCACGGGUCCAUUUCCAACUCGAUGGUGCUGGUCAACGCCUUCCAGCUCUAUUACAUCAUCGAUGCGCUGUGGUGUGAGCGCGCCAUCCUGACCACCAUGGAUAUCACUACGGAUGGUUUUGGCUUCAUGCUGGCGUUUGGCGACCUGGCCUGGGUGCCCUUCACCUUCACGUCUGCUGCAAGGUACCUGGUGGACCAUCCACAGCAUCUGUCCGUCCUGGGGUUGGUGCUGGUUCUGGCAGUCAAGGCCCUGGGCUACUACAUCUUCCGAGGCGCCAACAGCCAGAAGGAUAUGUUCCGGUCCAAUCCGAAUGACCCACGGGUCGCUCACCUGCGCACCCUAAAGACCGAACGCGGCACAUCGCUAAUCGUGAGCGGCUGGUGGGGCACGGCGCGGCACAUCAACUACUUUGGGGACUGGAUCAUGGGGGUUGCUUGGUGCAUGCCGGCAGGACUUGCCGGGCUCUCAGCCGUUGUGCCUUACUUUUACUGCAUUUACUUCGCCGCGCUGCUGAUACACCGGGAACGCCGCGACGAGCAUGCUUGCCGGCAAAAGUAUGGCAAGGAUUGGGACAAGUACUGCGCGCUGGUUAGGUACCGGAUCGUCCCGUAUGUUUACUGAGGCCAGUUGUUGCACAUGCGUUGGGAUUGCAGGGGAGAGGAUAGUGAGGUGGAUAGCAUAAGCGGGAGGGACAGGAGGGGGCUAAGGAUUUGCCAAUUUUUAAUUUACAAAGAUAGAAGAAUUCUUUUAUCCAUUGGUUAAAAUGAGCCUGAAGUGAAAGAGAGCAGGGAGGAAGGGGUCACGGAGAGGUUUGGUGAAGGGACGAGGAUUCUCAGUUGUCCGUUAAUCGUUAGCCCGGUAAGCGGCUUGCCGUCUCUGCUCGGGUGUGUUGUUCUUAUCGGAUUUGGAGGUUUCGGCACUUAGUAUGGCAGAUGUUACAGUAAUCUG